AAGUCAUUCAUAGACUUUUAUAAUUUUUAAGAAUUAGUUCACUCUUAAUGCACCGAAACGAGUAUACAUACGAUGGGCAACGCAGAAAUUUCUCGAUUUAUAAAAACUCUCCCACUUAUUAUGAAGAAUACAGCCUCCGGAGAAUUUUUGGAGAAAAGAAAAAAGAUAAUAGACUAGAUGUGGAUGACUACAGCAAAGAGUACAAUGUUCGGUGCAAAUAUGCAAGGGAUUUAAGGCGAAGGAAGGAUAAUUUUUAUGAUUAUGAACAGACUCAUAGAACUACUCAUAGAAUCGAUCGCUUUCCGCAUGGCUCUUCAUUUUGUAAUGGUGGUCAAAGAGACUCCUUUGACCUCCCACAUACCGACAGCAGUUAUAAAUCUUAUCAAAACCAAACUGGUAGAAGUUAUGCUACUCAUUUAAAGCGAAAACGAAGUCCUUCUAGCGCUUCGCGUUGCGGUACUGUACGACGAAAAAGUGAUGUAUGCCACGAAGAUGGUCACUACCGCGUGGUUGUUGGAAAGCACUUAAGUUCUAAUUAUGUUGUCACGAAAAAACUAGGUAAAGGUACAUUUGGGCAAGUUGUGCAGUGUUGGGAUUAUAAAAGAGGAAAAGCAGUUGCCGUGAAAAUUAUUAAAGACGUUGAAAAGUACAGAGUGGCAGCUGAGGUUGAAGUAGAAGUUUUGCAAUUUAUAAAUUCACGUGCUAGUCAUAAAGAAAAUUACAUUGUCCGUCUCCUGGACACGUUUGACCUGCACGGUCACGUGUGUCUGGUGUUCGAGCUUCUCUCUUUGAGUCUCUACGACUUCAUGAAGUCGACGUCCUUCCAGCCUUUUCCAAUCCACCAGAUCCAGUGCAUUUGUCGCCAGUUGCUUAGCGCCGUCAACUUUUUACAUACGCUUUCUCUCACGCACACUGACUUAAAACCUGAAAACAUUAUGCUGUUGGAUGCAAAGUCUUUUGAACUGAAGCAUGGCGCCAAGGUUUAUCGGAUCCUUGAAACCUGCGACAUCAAGGUUAUUGAUCUCGGCUCUGCCACUUUUGAGAACCGUCAUCACGCCCGCACCGUCUCUACAAGGCAUUACCGCGCCCCAGAAGUCAUCCUUGGGCUCGGUUGGUCGUACCAGUGCGACGUCUGGAGCAUCGGGUGCAUUCUUUAUGAGCUCUAUACAGGGAAAGCAGCCUUUAAUACUCACGACAACCUCGAACACCUGAGCAUGAUGGAGGUCAUCCUGGGACCCCUUCCGAGGAGGAUGCUCGAGAAUUCUAGAACAAAGUACUCCUCGCGUGGGCGGUUGAACGUCAAGAGUUUGUCCACAGAGUCGGUUACAUAUGUAGUCAAAAACUGUCGACCGCUGAAGAACAUCCUUGUGGAGCAGAGAAACCCUCUUGACCAGCAGUUUCUGGACCUGCUCCAGCGGAUGUUGACGUAUGAGCCAGAGAAGCGCAUUUCCUGUGCUGAGGCCCUCCUUCAUCCGUUCCUGUCUAGUCGUUCUUGCGCGAAUUUAUGAAAAUGAUAUUCAUCGUCGAUUGUA